AUGAAGCUCGCGGAUGCCAGUCAGUGCAUUGGGAAGAAAUCCCUCUGCUUCCACGCAGAGCUCAACACCUUCGUGGCCUACCCUGGGUUGAUUGUGAGCCACAUUGGCUACCUCGUCGUCGUCAUCCUGCUCUACAAGUUUAUGGCGGGGCGCACGGCGUACUUGCUCAAGUACCCCAUGAUUCUGUACAACAUGACGCAGGUGGUGUUGUCGCUGACGAUGGCGAUCAACCUCGGCCAGUUCCUUGGCUACGGCGUCUUCAACUUGAACGGCCACUUCACCAGCACCAUCGAGUACUGGAUCUUCAUUCACUACCUCACGAAGUUUCUCGACAUGUUUGAUACGUACUUCAUGCUUCUGCGUAAGAAAGAGGAGCAGCUCACCUUCCUGCACAUCUACCAUCACUUGACGAUCGGCUUCAUCUGGGGGCUCCUGCUGCAGCACGGCGUCGCGAACGGCACCGCCUUCUUCGGCGCGUGGAUCAACUCCGCCGUCCACGCGCUCAUGUACUUCCACUAUCUGUAUACCUCCCUCGGCUACAAGAACCCGCUCAAGAAGUACCUAACGCAGAUACAGAUGAUUCAGUUUGUUCUUUGCAUCUUGCAUGCGGUGCUGGUCGUCGUGUUGGACUUGCAUAUCCCGAAGAAGUGGGCGGUGCUGCAGCUGUGCUACCACAUGACGCUGCUAUACCUCUUCAUGCAGUUCUACCAGAAGGGCAUGCGCAAGCUCAAGCACAAGGCGAAGGCAUAG